GCGCCUAAUCAUGCUAGAAGUCAUUGUUGCAAGGAUGCAGUAAAAACUGUACAUAAAUGUAUGAGGUAGAUGGGUCGCGUUCAGUUCACGCUUCUUGCUCCGUACCGAGCACUUUGCAUAUGUAUGUAAGUGUGCGGAGGGUGACAAGGUGGUAGAAUUGAAAAACGCUAGGUUAGUUGAGUACCCGACCGAGUACCCAAUCAUGAUCUCCCAACACGAAUCCUAGUGAUAUUUUCGGCAGCAGAACCUGUAUCGCGAUGAGCUGCGCCGCAAAGGAAUCUGAGACGCGGAAAUUACCCUGGGGGUGUCAGAUCAUGGUUCGACCAUCCUGUUCCACGAAAUCUUCUGUGAGUUUCUUCGGCGUUGGGACUUCUUUGUUCUAAGGUUAUUUCAAUCAAUCCGAACAACAUGGCUAUACCUACACCAUUAACCACGGUGUUCACUCCUCCCUCGGAAUGCCUCUCCACAAUAUUCUGGUCUAGCGGCGGCCAGUACCAACUUGGCUAUUCGACUGAAUGCAUCCCUUCCGGGCCCGCUCCGAGCUUGAGCUCUUAUUUUUCACCCGGGCUAUACUGUCCCGAGAGCUACACGGUCGCAUGUACGGAUCUCGUCAUCCUCGGCGCCACGUCGACAGAAACGCAAGCUGUCUGCUGCCCGAGGCUGGACGGGAUCGCGUCGGGUCGCUUCGCCGAUGCGAGUUUCAGGUGUAAUACGGAUCGUGCUAUGCCCUGGUACUCGUCGCUAGGAUGCACCAUGAAUUUUGGCACCGCGGCGACGGAGGGGCCGAUUACGGUUCUGUAUACCAGGUCCUCGACGACCUAUACCACGACAUACUCAGCCGCAACAACGGAUGGCCUGAACGCGUACAGCGUCAAGAUUGCCUGGCGAGCUUCAGACCUCACCCAGUCUUCCACUGGCUCGGCAACGGCUUCUGAGUCAUCAAUCGGUUCUGCAUCCAAUCUUCCAGACGCAACAGCGGACAGCGCCUCUGUCACCUCGUCAUCCGCGACGAGUGGCUCCUCGACCACUCCGCCGUCAGGAGCGGCUGGCUCUGCCGCUGAUGGAGGGUUGAGUACUUCCGCCAAGAUAGCAAUCGGCAUUACUAUCCCGGUCGCAAUUAUAGCACUCAUUAUCGUCGGGCUGCUAGUCAUCAGGCGGAAGAAGAGGGCGGCCCAUAUGACUGAUCCCGGGGUCGAAAUAAGUUCAAAUCCUGUUUACGAAAAAGACACUACUUUUACGAGCGAUUUGGGCAGUGAACAGACCAGCGAGGUGGACAGUAGGAUGGUCGGCGGGCUACAGGAGUUACCGGGUCAUGUUUGGCGAUGAGAGGAGUAAUGUUGAUAGAGCGUAGCCGUAUGACCUUGAUGAGAGCACGAUUUGACGAGCGGCUAUCGGGAUUGUGGAAAGAGAAAUACAUUGGCGUUUACAUGACUUUUUCAAGUGAAUGGGCUCAGACAAGGACCAGGAGGUGUGUGUGUAAUCAUAUAUACCACGCUCCAUUUUUGCUCUAUAACAACUGGACUCAUACA